AGCUGUUAUUUGCGUGCGCGCCCCCCGAACGUGUUUACAGGCAGGAGUUUAAAGUGUAUUCAUGGUACGAGAAACCUGCGGCCCUUAGUAAUCUGUCCACCAAUGUAGCACUUAAUAUAGUGAUGUAAUUAUAGCUGGGGAACAAGCCCGAAACGGAGUGUUUACGCGCUGCGAAUAGGAAUUAAUCGUGUAACGGCGAAGUUCAGACCGUAAGGCUAGCUAUGUAUAGGUCCCUGUACUCGUUCCGCUCUCCGGAGCCGAACUCGCUCCACUUCGCUGUCGGCGAGACUUUCCUCAUCCUGGAGAGGAGCAAUCAGCACUGGUGGCUCGGCUCUCGCUGCAGUUCCGGCGAAACCGGCUACAUCCCGGCGUCCUACAUCGAGAGAAUACAGGCCCCCGAACAGGAUGAAGUUCUGCAGUCGAUUGACCGGGCGAUUGAAGGCAUCCAUAACAGGGCCAUGAAAAGCGGGGGCAAGUACAACCUGGAGCAGAGAGAGGUGCUACAGAAAUUGAUCCAUCACAGGAAGGAGAUUCUCUCCCGUCGGAGCCCGACUCCGGCUAACCACAAGCAGGGCCUGCCAACAUCCACCAGUGACCUUUUCUUGGGCCAAACCUCCCAGCCUCCAAAUGGGCUGACCCGCUCAUAUGGGCGCCAGGCCAGUGAGCCGAUGUCAGAGAGCCCUGAGAGUAUACAGGGAGAACAGGGAUUGUACGAGGUUCCACCUCAGCCUCGGCGUGCGGCCCCCAUUACCCCACCCCCCCCUGAGAAGCGCAGAGGUGUCCGGAGAGCAGCAGAGGUUCCCUCCAGGACUUCCUCCAUGGUGGCUGGCUCCGCCCCUCCUGCCAGUGUCGGCCCGUCCUCCUGUGGAAGCUCUGUGUCACUGGACUCCAGCUCCUGUCACUCAGGCAUAUCCUCGGACGUCAGCCUGCCCAGUGUGGCCAGCAGCACGCCUCCCCCAGUGCCCAGCCGUGUGAAAGUCUCGGCCCCGCCCCCCCCUGCCCAUACCACUCCCGAGUUCUCCCCUCCCUCAUCUCAACCCUCUCUCCCGAAAAAGGGUCACGCGCCUCAGCCCCCUGGCUCCUCCGUGUCCAGCAUUCAGGAGCAGCCCCAGUUGGCCUGCCCUGCAGACCAGGCACCUGAGUCCAUCUGCCCCUCAGGGAGUCCAACCAAUGGAAUCCACGUUCCCAUGACGAUGGGGGCGGAGCUGAUAGAGCUAGUGCGCAAGAACACAAGUCUCAGUUACGAACUGUCACGCGUCGCUGUGGGUGUGGUCGUGGGCCACCUACAGAGUGCAAUCCCACAAGCUGCCCCAGCCCUGGAGAAAGUCCUCCUCUCACUGGUGGAGAGCAAGGACCUGGGCAUGGAGUUGCCACGGGGCCAGCUGUGCCACGACGAGCAGAGGCUGGAGGUGAUCUUUGCCGACCUGGCCCGGCACCGCGAGGAUGCCCAACAGCGCAGCUGGGCUCUGUACGAGGACCACGCCCUCAUCGCCUGCUACCUGGAGGAACUCCUGCAGAUACUGACGGAUGCCGACCCAGAGGUGUGCCGGCGCAUGUGCAGAGCCAACCAGUUUGAACCUGUGAUGUCCAUCGUCACUUAUUACCAGAUGGAACACCGCGUCACCCUGCGCCUGCUGCUGCUUAAGGUGUUCGGCGCCAUGUGCAGCCUGGACGCCGCCCUGGUCUCCGCCCUCCUGAACUCGGUGCUACCCAUGGAGCUGGCCCGGGACCUGCAGACCAACACCCAGGAGCAUCAGAAGAUGUGCUACUCCGCCCUGGUGCUCUCCAUGAUCUUCUCAAUGGGGGAGCAAGUCCCCUUCCAUCACUAUGACCAGCUAAAUGGGAAUUUCGUGCAGUUCCUCAUGGAGGUCAUCGAGGACGGGCUGCCGUCUGAUGCCACGGAGCAGCUGCCCGACCUCUUUGUUAACCUGCUGCUAGCCUUCAACCUGCACUUCACAGUGCCCGACAGCAACAUUGUCAUGCAGACGCUCAUAAGGAGACACAACGCCAAGACCCUGACGGAGAAGGUGCUUCUGCUCCUCAACCGGGGAGAUGACCCUGUGUGCAUGUUCACACACGAGCCUCCCGCCCCCAAUGCCGUGCUCAAGUUCCUGCAGGACGUCUUCGCCAGUCGUGAUUCCGGCCACAUAUUCUACCGGACUGACAUGAUGGUGAUGAUCGACAUCAUCGUGCGACAGAUCUCGGACCUCUCCCCCGGGGACAAGCUGAGAAUGGAGUACCUCAGUCUCAUGCAUGCCGUCAUCCGCUCCACGGACUACCUGGAACACCGCCACCGACUGCCUGACCUGCAGAGGGCGCUGGCGCGCAUCCUAGAGGAAGGAGAGGGGGAGGGGGAUGUCUCUCAGGGCGGAGAUGCAGCCAGAAAGAUGGACAAGCUGAUAGUACAGGAGAUGUAUCGGGAGUUUCCUCAGAUCUGUCUACAGCAGCAGGACGAGGCCUUAAGGGAAUAAGCUUUCCUCUGGCUGUCCUGUCCGUCUGCUUCUGUCUCUUAAACUUUCUGUUUCAGUAAGCGUACCUUUUAAUUUUUAACCAGUAGGCCUUAUCAGUUGGCUUCAACCAGUAUGAACUGGUUCUGCAUGCUCACUAGUUGAACUAUUCGUAUCAGUUGCCAAUAGACUAUAACUGACUUCUGACAAUGACCUGUUGGCUCUCCAAAAUCCUGCUCGAGUCCAGCUGAAAUAUUUUACUGGGAUAUGUUAUUGGGAUUUUCUUUUUUUCUGUUUGUUUGCAUCCGUCUCUCAGUCUGUACCAGUCCGUCUGCUGGUGUUCAGGAAGGUGCUGCUGGACUCCUAGUAUUAUAUCCCAGUAUUUGCUAAGUGUUCAUGCCCCGGGAAUAACUAGACAUGUGCUGUUAAACAGCACACCCACGUACAGGCAGGCGCUCACUAAUAUACACAGUGCAUACCACCAGACACACUCGUUAUCUGCAACAUCGGUCUCGCACAAUGCACAUUUAUAUCACAAAUUCUAACACUCCCAACACGCAAAUAGACAUGGUCCAACUCAUACGUACAUGCUCAGUACUGGUGUUGACAAACUAUAACCACUAUACGGUCUUAUUUAUACCGUAACACACAUACUCCCAACAUGAGACAUGCUAAUCCAUGUGUUCUUGGAUGAAUGACAGAAGACUCUGAUGUAUCCAUACAAUAAUGUGAGAAGUUACAGCAGUAUAUUUUGCUUUACUAAAUAUAGGUCUCACAUUUGAACUAACCAAUGUUCUUUUCCCGAAGAGUUUUAAGGGUCUUUUGAAUGGGGGAAAAUGUUGACAGAGUGUAUUUUCGUAAAUAAUGCUAAAAUAAUAAAACUGGAAAAUUGUU